AAUAAAUGAAUUAUAAAAUAAUAUAUUUCCCAGUUUGACUAUUCAAAAUAAGUGUCUUAAAAUUUUACCUGAAAAAGAAGAAACUGUAAGAUCAUCUCUCUCUCUCUCUCUCAUCUGCAGAGAUUGCAAUCUGAGGCAUCAUUCAUCACUAGGCGAUGGAGCUCUGGAGAAGGAAGAAAGAGAAGUGCAAGGCGAAGAAGUGCUUCCUCAAGAAUGGGAGCGUGUUUCUUCAGGAACUCAUUGCUGACUGCAACGGCAUUUCAAACCCUAUUCGAAUGUUCUCUUCCGAUCAAAUCUCCGAGGCCACGAGUCACUUCGAUCGCAAGUGUUGUCUCGAUGAAAAUAUGGAUACAAACUUCACCUGGUACAAGGGCGACAUCGAAGGCAGGCCUUACGCGAUCAAAAGACAUACAGAGCAAUGGUAUGUAGAAGAAGAUCAGCCAGCUUACAACGACAUUGUGUUAUCUGCUCGGGUAAGUAAUCACAAUGGUUUCCUCAAACUCAUGGGUUCUUGUCUCGAAUUUCCUUUUCCUGUGUUGGUGUUUGAAGACCUAGACUAUAGAGUUCUGAACGUUGGAGGAAGUCUUGGCUGCGAGGACGCGCCGUUGUUGUUGCCGUGGAACGCACGUCUAAAGAUUGCGAAGGAGUAGGUAUUCUUGAAUAUGUGAAAGGCUUAUACGAGGUUGAGAAGCUCAGUGAAGUGCUAAUUGAUCCUAUGAUGAUGAAAGAUAUUACAAGUGCUCAGAGAUUGGAGGUGGAAGCUAGUGUUUUACUUGCACUGAGAUGCUGCGAGGAGAGGUAUGAAGACAGACCGAAGCUGAUCCAGGUAGCUAAAGAACUCAAGCGGGUUGAGACCUCAAGUUUAAGAGAUCCUCUGUUCUGAUAUAGCCUCUACACAACUUUUGUUACAUUUUUUAGCAUGGACUAUACAUAGCUGGAGAGGCUAAGAGUGCCAUUGUCUUGUCUGAUCAGAUGAGCAACUUUAUGAAACUAUUUGAUAUGAAUUAAUAUUUUGAAAGUAUUGUUAGUAAAUUGUAUUAUAUCAAAGUAGAGAAUUUGUUUUAAAUUAUGUAAUUUAUGAAUUAGAUAUUUAAGAUUUUAUAUGUACGUUUUUACGCAA